AUGGGCUCAAAUUCAUCAGCUCCUUACAAGUCCGAAUAUCAUUUACCACCUUUUAAUGGAGGUCAAUGCAUAAAGAUUAAUGGUAGAAUUCACCAAGAAGUCAGACUGGCGGGAAUUGAAUAUUUCAACUUGGAUCCAAAAUGUGAAGUUUUCUGCAUGGAUUGCGACAGAAGAAUGACAAACUACGAUAUCCGAGUAUUUGACCGGCGGGUAUUUCUUGUUCUGCCGCCUGAAGCUCCUCCAGAACCAACGAUCCCGGUCGUACCUGCUCCCGUGGCAUUUGAUUUAUUUUCCAAAGUUACAACUCGCGCUCAUCGUUCUUCAAGACUGGGCAGAAUCUGA